CAUGAUGAAGUUGGAAGUAAACCCCAGCGAGACUGUCUGUGGCCCACGCAGCAUAUACUCACAUGCGCUUCUUUUUCGAUACCCCGCCCUCUUGUUCUUAAUUAUAUUGGGCGGAGAUCAGAAUAUCCAUUGUCAUUGUACCUUCAGAGAUUCUUUCUCACAGAUAGAUGGCAAUUGGCCUCAAACACAUUUCGCAAAGAUAUUUAAAAAAAAAGAAAUUCUUUUUUAGCUUUUCUCUCGCUCUCUAUUAUCAAUCAUCAAACCCAACUCAUCUUUCUCACGCUCACACAUCCCGUUCUCUCCCAGGUUUCUUCUUUUUCUUCUGCUCUCCUUCCUAUAUUAUUGUGAAAAUCCCAUUAUGACACUCUCUAUAAAUCCCACUCUCUCUCCUUUCUCCACAACUACUUGCUCUUCCUCUUCUUCUGCUACUGCUUCACAUGCUACUUCUCUUUGCUCUACUACAACCCCUUCCUCCGUUUCCUUCAAAGUUUCGAGCUUUAGGUCACGCAGAGCAAAACCCAUCAGCCUAUUUGUCAAAGAGAUUGGAUUAAACAAGUGUUACAGGAGAAAGGGUUGUGUUGUUAGAGCUGAAGAAGGGAGUGGCAGCGGCAGAAUGACCAUCUCUGAGUACAUUAAAGAGGAAGAGAAUGGAGAGGAAGAGAAUCCUCCCCUUUUGCUAGAUUCAGAGACCAAUUCCAGGCCCCGUCGGAUUGCUCUGUUUGUUGAGCCUUCUCCCUUUGCAUAUGUCUCAGGGUACAAGAACCGGUUCCAGAAUUUUAUCAAGUACUUGCGCGAAAUGGGGGAUGAGGUGAUGGUGGUGACUACACAUGAAGGGGUACCCCAAGAGUUUUAUGGUGCGAAAUUGAUUGGAUCGCGAAGCUUUCCUUGCCCCUGGUAUCAGAAAGUACCCUUGUCCCUAGCACUUAGUCCUAGAAUAAUAUCCGAGGUUGCCAGAUUCAAGCCGGAUAUCAUACAUGCAUCAUCCCCAGGAAUAAUGGUUUUUGGUGCUCUUGCUAUUGCAAAAAUGUUGUGUGUUCCCAUAGUGAUGUCGUAUCAUACUCAUGUCCCUGUAUACAUCCCUAGGUACACUUUUAGUUGGCUGGUGAAGCCCAUGUGGAUGGUCAUAAAGUUCCUUCACCAAGCUGCUGAUCUUACUCUGGUACCUUCAGCGGCCAUUGGGAGGGAUCUCCUAGCAGCUCAAGUGGCAGCAGCUAAUAGGAUUCGUCUUUGGAAUAAGGGCGUUGACUCUGAGAGCUUUAACCCUCAAUUCCGCUCCCAUGAAAUGCGAGUGAGAUUAACCAAUGGGGAACCUGAGAAACCAUUGAUAGUCCACGUUGGCCGACUUGGAGUUGAGAAGAGCUUGGACUUCCUCAAAAGCGUGAUGGAUAGGCUUCCAGAUGCUAGGAUUGCGUUUGUUGGAGAUGGACCGUAUAGACCGGAGCUGGAAGAGUUGUUUAAAGGGAUGCCAGCUGUAUUCACUGGAAUGUUGGGAGGAGAGGAACUCUCCCAAGCUUAUGCAAGUGGAGACGUGUUUGUGAUGCCUUCUGAAUCCGAGACGCUGGGGCUGGUGGUUCUGGAGGCCAUGUCUUCAGGAAUCCCUGUGGUCGGGGUUCGAGCUGGUGGCAUUCCAGACAUAAUCCCACCGGAGCUGGAAGGAAAAAUCGGGUUUCUAUUCAGUCCCGGGGACCUCGAUGACUGCGUGGACAAGUUGGGAACUUUGCUUCAUAACGAAGAACUGAGGGAGACCAUGGGGAGAGCAGCACGGAUAGAGAUGGAGCAGUAUGAUUGGAGGGCUGCCACCAAGAUGAUCCGGAACGAGCAGUACAAUGCCGCCAUUUGGUUCUGGCGCAAGAAGAGAGCACUGCUUCUCAGACCUUUGCAGUGGCUGGUGAAGAGAAUCUUCCCAUCUCCUGAAGUUCAUUAUCAAUGAAAGGCGCCAGUUGGGUUCGGAAGAUUUAAAACUGAGAAGCGGUGUAUAUAUGGGGGGGGGGGGGGGGGGCGAGAUGCCAUUGGAAUCCUGUUUGUGUGAAAGAUUGGUAGACCAUGGAAAUGGCGGGUGGUCUAUUGUUGUGCAAGUGGAAAUGACAUGGAUAGUCUUACGAAUUUGUAUUUGGCUUGAUUUGGUUCAAAAUCAGAAAUUUCAUAUGAAAAAGAGACCGAUAUAGAGUUCUCUGUAACUCGUUCCACUCUCAUGAGUUCAUAGGUUGCGGUAUACAUUUGCUUAUGGAUUGUUAUUCGUCGUCCUAAAAAUUCUUAUUUGUCACCCUAAUUAUGUUAAAUUUACUAUAAUGUCCUUCGUUUGUUUUUCAAACACUUAAACCCUAAAACAAGUGCAUACACUCACUAGCUGACGGAGCCGGCCACCUCAUUGGAGGCCUAAUCAUCGUCAUCACACAUUAAUUAUAAUUACAAUGAUAAUGAUAAUCAAUAUUAAUUAAAAAA